AUGGGCGGGAACUUGUUAUCUGGCGGAAUCCCGAGUGAGCUGGGCAAUCUCACGAGCCUGCAAAUAGUAAUGAACCUCAGCUAUAACAAUUUAUCGGGCAGUAUACCGCCCGAGCUGGGCAAUUUAGUCCUUUUGGAGUACCUUUUUCUGAACAACAAUGAGUUGAGCGGCGAGAUCCCAAGGACGUUUGGGAAUUUAUCGAGUCUCCUAGGCUGCAAUUUGUCGUCCAAUCGUCUAACAGGCCCACUCUCAUCCGCACAGUUGUUCCAGAGCAUGAGUCGCAGCAGCUUUACAGGCAACAUUGGCCUGUGUGGUGGGACCCUUGGUAACUGCACUUGUUUAUCAUCGAUUCCCUGGGAAUUGAAGAAAGCGGAGCUCCCUCGGAGGAAAAUUAUUACUGUUGUCUCGGCUGUGAUUGGUGGGGUCUCGCUCAUCCUGAUCGUUGUCAUCCUGCACCACAUGAGAACCCUCCAUGUCGAUCGUUACUCCAAGGACAUGAUGUUGUCUUUGGAGUCGGACAUUUAUUUCCCGCCCAAGGAGGGGUUCAGUUUGAAGGAUUUGGUGGAAGCCACGGACAAUUUUCAGGAGAGGGUCAGGAGCAGCUUCCGAGCUGAGAUUUUGAUGCUCGGAAAAAUCCGGCACCGCAACAUUGUGAAGCUCUAUGGUUUCUGGUACCAUGGAGGGUCAAAGCUGCUGGUGUAUGAGUACAUGGCGGGGGGUAGCCUGGGAGAGGUGCUUCAUGGUCACUGUCACGGUCACGGGGGGUUAUUGGAUUGGGCAGUGAGGUUCGGGAUUGCGCUUGGGGCGGCCGAGGGGCUUGCAUACUUGCACCAUGACUGCCGGCCCAGGAUCAUUCACACCGUAAUAUAA